UUUAUUACUUUGUAAUUUCAGGAACCAUGAUUAAGUUGUUCAAAGUGAAGGAGAAGCAAAGGGAACUCGCUGAAAAUGCCAAUGGGAAGGGUCAUGUGAAAAAGCAAAGUGCUGGGGAGCUACGUCUUCAUAAAGAUAUUAGUGAGUUGAACCUACCUAAGACAUGUACUAUCUCUUUCCCUAAUGGCAAGGAUGACCUGAUGAACUUUGGAAUCACUGUUCGACUAGAUGAAGGAUAUUACUUGGGGGGUGAAUUUUUUUUUUCUUUCCAAGUUUCCCCUAUCUAUCCGCAUGAACCCCCAAAAGUCAAGUGCAUGACCAAGGUCUAUCAUCCUAAUAUUGACUUGGAGGGGAAUGUCUGCCUCAAUAUACUCCGUGAAGAUUGGAAACCUGUCCUGAACGUUAACACUGUUAUCUACGGAUUGUACCACCUUUUCACCGAGCCAAAUUACGAGGAUCCUCUGAAUCACGAUGCAGCAGCGGUGCUGAGAGAGAAUCCAAAGAUGUUUCAGUUAAAUGUACGAAAGGCUAUGGUGGGUGGAUAUGUGGGGCAGACUUACUUUCCACCGUGUAUGUUUUAGCUCAUCAUGCAAUGACUGUCGAUUGUCAUCAUAUCAUAACAUUUGAAGUAUUCUUUGGUCUUGCACAAAAUUCCAGUACAGCGACUGCAGCAUAAGCCGAAACGAGCCUUCUUGACACAACGUGAAGGCCUGACCGGACCCUGAAGGUGGGUCCACAGACUUGGUUAACAUAUUAGUAAUUUUUUCUACAAGAAUUUCGACUUCUCAAAAUUGUGGUCAUAUGCAUAAAUAUUUAGUAUCUUUCAUUUUUUGUUUU